AUGUCGUCCAUACUCCGUUUGUUUAUAUGUCCCUCCCUGCCCACUUCCCCUCGGCCACUUCCCCUCGCCCACUUCCCCUCGACCACUUCCCCUCGCCCACUUCCCCUCGCCCUCUUCCCUCGCCCACUUCCCUUCGCCCACUUCCCCUCGCCCACUUCCCUUCGCCCACUUCCCCUCGCCCACUUCCCUUCGCCCACUUCCCCUCGCCUCCCUCCCCUCGCCCACUUCCUCUCGCCCUCUUCCCCUCGCCCACUUCCCCUCGCCCACUUCCCCUCGCCCACUUCCCCUCGCCCUCUUCCCUCGCCCACUUCCCCUCGCCCACUUCCCCUCGCCCACUUCCCUUCGACCACUUCCCUCGCCCUCUUCCCUCGCCCACUUCCCCUCGCCUACUUCCCCUCGCCUACCUCCCCUCGCCCACUUCCCCUCGCCCACUUCUCCUCGCCCACUUCCCCUCGCCCAUUUCCCCUAGCCUACUUACCCUCGCCCACUUCCCCUAGCCUACUUCCCCUCGCCCUCUUCCCCUCGCCCUCUUCCCCUCGCCCUCUUCCCCUCACCCAUUUCCCCUAG